CCUGUGACAGCGUGGGUUUUGUUGUUGCAGAUUACUUAAUCUAAUGCUUUAUUUUAUGUGCUGAUACAGUUAACGUAUUUAUUCAUUAGAAUAUAGAUAUGAAGCGCAAAGGACAGGGUCGGGGGGAUCCCAAGCGGAUGAAGAAGCUGAAGCUGUCAGUGCAGGAGUUUGUAGAGAAAGCAGAAAGCAGCGGGGUCCAAGAUACCAGAGGAGAAGGAAUCCCAGGGGGAAGAGUUAAGAACCGUAGGGAAUUGAGGAAGGAGAAGCGCAAAGCCAAGAAAAUUCGUAGGAAGCAGUACUAUGAACGGCGCCAUCUGGGCACUCCUGGUGUACAGGCUGAGGCUAUGCAGAGCAGCGAGGAGCACAGUGAAAAGAAACAGGAGAAAAAUGAAGGGAAGAAGCAGGAGAAAAAAGAACAGAAGAAACCAUCUGCACCACGAGUAGAGCCAAGCAAGAAAAAGGCAAUCAAGGAGGAGGCGAGAAAGAAAGCUCUUAUAGAAGCAAAUGAAAAAGAAGAGAAGGAGAUAAAGCGGCUAGAAAAGAGUCUGAGGAUGAAUAAAAGGAAGAAUAAGAGCUCAUUGCCACAGUCUUUUGCACAAGAUGGGCUGGAUUAUAUCUUGGGGGUACUUGAACCAGGGGGCUCAGCAUCUGGGUUGUAUGAGGAGGAUGAAGAAGAGGAUGCUGCACAGAGGCUUCACAAGCUGUCAGAGAAGGUGUCAAAGGCACUGGAGGAUGAACAAAGUGACACGGAGGACGAAGAAAUGUCUGAGGGUGAUGGGUCAGUAGAUCAGGGGUUAGAAGAGGAUGAGAAGGACUGUGACAUACACGAGGAGUCAGCAGAUGAAUCUGAUGCGGAAGCUGCAAUGGGAGAGGAAGUAGAAGAUUCUGCAGAGGACCAGGUUGAUUCUGAUGGAUCAGAGAGUAUUAAUAAAGAGUCUUCAACCAAUAACACAAAAGAUCAGGAUUCAGGCAGCAAGUAUAUCCCACCUCAGCUGAGGCAAACUAAUGAAGUUCUGGAUGCUAAAAAGAGGGAAGAACUGGAAAGAGUGAAAAAGAACGUGAAAGGUUUAAUAAACAGAUUAAGUGAACCAAAUUUGCCGUCUAUUAGCGGACAGCUAGAAGAGCUGUAUAUGGCCAACAGCAGAAAUACCAUGAAUGACACACUGAUCAGCGUGCUGCUGGACGCCUGCAUCACUCCUGCCAGGAUGCCUGACCGCCUCAUGAUGGAGCACGUGCUUCUGGUCAGCGUACUGCACCACUCAGUCGGAAUAGAGGUGGGGGCGCAUGUUUUGGAAACGGUGGUGAAGAAAUUUUAUGAACUAUAUGAGAAGGACACUGACAGUAAAGAAUGUGACAACUUGAUCAUAUUUAUUGGACAUCUAUAUAACUUUCAUGUGAUUGAAUCCUGCCUGGUAUUUGACAUCUUGAAGAAGCUGGUUGUUACGUUCACUGAAAAGGAUAUUGAGCUGGUCUUGUUGCUGCUGAAAAACAUUGGUUUCUCCUUGAGGAAGGAUGAUCCACUGGCUCUCAAAGAGUUAAUAUGUGAUGCACAAAGCAAAGCCAACGAUGCUGGCAAGAAAUUUCAGGAUCAGACUCGGGUUCGGUUUAUGCUUGAUACAAUGUUGGCAUUGAAAAAUAAUGAUAUGCGCAAGAUCCCUGGCUAUGACCCAGAACCGGUGGAAAAAUUAAGAAAACUUCUACGUUCCUUGGUACAUAACAGUGCUUCUGGCAGUGAUACCCGACUUCGAGUCUCCUUGGAAAAUCUCUUGGAUGCAGACCAGGUUGGUCGCUGGUGGAUUGUUGGAUCAUCGUGGAGUGGAGCACCUAUGAUUGACUCUUCCACUACCAAUCCACAACCUCAAUCUGUUGGGAAGGUAAGUGCAAAGAUCAUGGAACUGGCACGUAAGCAAAGGAUGAACACUGACAUCAGAAGAAACAUCUUUUGUGUACUUAUGACCAGUGAAGACUUUUUAGAUGCCUUUGAAAAAUUACUAAAGCUUGGGCUUAAAGAUCAUCAGGAGAGGGAGAUUGUCCAUGUCCUACUUGACUGCUGUCUACAGGAAAAGUUAUAUAAUCCCUUCUAUGCCGUUCUGUCUAGUAAAUUCUGUGAAUAUGACCGACGCUUUCAGAUGACGUUUCAGUUCAGCAUGUGGGACAAGUUCCGGGAUUUAGGAAACCUUUCUACAACUGUUUUCAGCAACCUCAUUAAUCUACUGAGCCAUAUGCUUAAAAGGAAAUCUUUGCCGUUAUCUAUUUUUAAGGUUAUAGAAUUCAGUGAGUUGGAUAAAACUAAAGUCUCCUUCCUACGUCAAGUCCUUUACAAACUCUUGAUGGAGACAGAUGUAGAAGAUUUACUGCCCGUCUUUGUGAAAGUUUCUGAGAAUCCCAAGCUGGGUAUGUUACGUGAAGGCUUAAAGCUUUUUAUUACACAUUUCUUGGUGAAGAACAUCAGAGCGCAGAAGAGCACAGAAGAGGCUGAACUGCUGAGCCAGAGAGCAGAUUUAGCAGUCAAAGCUUUACAAGCGAAGGAGAACAGAUUACAACUCUAGAGCACACAGCGCCUCAAUACCGUCAUUUAAAAAGUAAUGCAAAAAGCAGCCUCUUGCGUUGUAUUGUUAUACAGCAGAUUUAAUAAGCUGAUAUUUAAUAGGAUGUGUGGUUACAAAUGCUAUCCAGCACACAGAAGAAGGAAAAUCUGCUGCAAUAUAACUGUUCUGAGAUGCCAGCUCUUUCUCAGCUCGGCGCAGUGCCUUACUGGAUAUAAGAUACCUAACCUGUAAUAUUUAGUUACAGAGAUACGUGUGUGCUGUUGGAAUUGUGAAAUUCUGUUUUCAGUUCAGGACAAUCUUAAUAAAGUGUCCAACCGUUUCCAGCGGAAUAGCCACAUUGAUUAUUUUUUUUAUUUCCAUUUAGGAGCCAGAUUUUUUUUUUUUUUUACUUCUACUGAUCAAAGAUGUUUUUUUAAACAAACUUUAAGUGUUAAGUAGCCAGUUAUAUGGCAUUAGUUGUUUUAUUACAAACCCACGUAUACACAUACAGCAGGAAAUAUAUACAGCGAAUCCUACCAGAAAGAGAAGAAUAAAAAAGUUAUAAUAAAUAGGGCGCAAUCUACUGGUUGUGGUAAAGAGUUCUGUCACAUCAAAGACAUUAUAUUUUCUGCCUCCUCUCCAUUUAACUGGUGCAAGACCAAUGUCAAACUUGACCUACUUUCAUUUAUAAAAAUCCACAUUAAAACAGCCAUGGUGACAGGUUUAUCUAUGCUAUAAAUGUAUUUGUUUUGCACAUAAUUAAAUUUAGUUUAUGAUGGUAGCUCUGAAUUAGAAACCUGCCUUGCAUUACUAUUUGCAGAGUUUUCUAUUCAAAGCUUUUCCAAUCCAUGCCAAAAAACCUUUUACCCAUUUAUAACUUGAUUUCCAAGCUCUUUUGUGGAGCACUAACACCCCGAAAUGUCAGAUAAACCGUCAGAAAGUGCUUUUCAAGCAGUUUUUCAAAAGUUUUUAAACUUUUCUAAUUCAACAGUGUUGGCCUCUUAAAGACUUACGUUGGCAUCUUUUACAUAGACUUUGACAGAAGGCUAGCAGUAUAAUACAAUAUAAGUGAAUAACAAAAAAAAACUCUUUAAAAUUAAAAUGCUGGUAUAGAUUAAAACUACCUCUUAGCAAAGCAAAAACAAGUUAUUAGAAUGUAUUGCAAGAUUGCAGUUUGUGACAAUUUAAAAAACACUUUUCUGUUAUGUUGUGGAAGUAGUUAUGAGCAGUGAAAAUCAUAUACAAUAUAUAAUUUAAGUUAUCAAGUCAUUAGAAGCUGUGGUAGGUUGGAAGAUAGAUGGAUAACUAUUAGGGAUUUGGCUCAUAUCGGACCUGGAUAUAUUCACACAAAAAUAAAACCCAUAUAUCUGUGCAUAUACAGGUAGUUAUGUAUUUACACUAUUUUAUGAAUAUAUACGGUGCCGAAAAAGAGCUGAAUGUAUUGCACAUCCCUAAUGACUAAUAUCAGAUCAUGUGAAAUCGUUUUGAAGUAUUGUUCACAGUUCCACAGAAACCCCCCUUCUCCGUCAUUCCACUUCAUUUAAGCUAAUAAAAUAGAACAAAAUAUUCGCUCCUUGAGACUAAAAAAAUUGUGAUAUUUUUUUUUAUAUACUAAAAGUAUAAUGAACUAGUUAAAAGAAUGUGACCCCUUCAUUUCACAUGUUAAUAAAUAAAUACAUUUUUUUAAAUAAAUUGUUUUAUUGCUAAGUUAAAAAUAUUUCUCAAAUGAACCCUUUUAAACCAUACAGUUUAUAGACAACUUAGAUAAUUUAUUUAUGGUAACAGUGUUUGGAAGGUUAAACAGGCUAAUUAUAAAUUGCUAAAUAUGUAUUAAUUUGUACAUGUCAUGAUUUGGUAUUAUUUGUUUUAUGCGAUUAAACACAUGGUUAUAUGUAAGAAUACAUAGAGCAUUUUAUUUCUGGACUUUUAUGGCCAUUAUAAAUGUCUUUUUUUUAUAAUUGUAUGUUCAACUUUUUCUAGAUCAGUUUUGUUAAUUCAAAUGGUUGAUAUUCUAAUGGUUUGUAUUGGUUUGGAAAAAAAGCCAAAAAUAACCCAAGUUUGCCCUUGUUUUCACAUUGCAAUGCUGAUUCGUUGGAAACAUUAUGUUUAGAACCUUUACCAUAAAAGUGUACUGUGGUGCAAUUGUACUUAAUAUAUGUUUUUCUGUUUGGUAGCUUUUUUGAACUUUUUAAUAUAAAAAAUCGGUUAUCAUAUGUUUUCAUUGGGGUUUCACUAACCACCCCCCCACAAAAAAAAUAAUAAAUAAAUAAAAUUAAUUUAGACCUA